AUGAUGUCCAAAUUGUACAAGCAUGUCACGAAAGAAAGUGACUGCCGAGACAAGCUGGACAAGAACCAGGCUCUGCACAAACCACUUUCCGCGUGUUCCCGGAAGUCCUUCGCUCUGACUUGUGGGAAAUGUAGUUCCGACCACGAUGACGUCACAAGAAGGGUCUUUGGAUACCGAACUUCCGCAUCAGUCUUCAAACUUAGCUUCUCCCUAAAGUUAGGCGAGUGUCCUGCUCAGCACUGGGCUUGCAUCUCUGACAUGGAGGAUAUCCUGUCAUUCUGGGAUGUAGCCAUUUAUUUCUCUGCAGAAGAGUGGGAAUGCCUGGGCCCUGCUCAGUGGAAUUUGUACAGGGAUGUGAUAGUGGAGAAUUACAACAAUCUCGUGUUCCUGGCAGGUCUUGCUUCAUCAAAGCCAUACCUGGUGACAUUUCUGGAGCAAAAACAAGAGCCUUCAGGUGUGAAGAGACAAGCAGCUGCCACCAUGCACCCAGGAAAAGAACAAUACACAGACGAAGAAUGUGAUAAAACCUUUAAUUGGAACUCACAACUUACUAACAAUCAGAGGAUUCAUUUAAGAAUGAAGCCCUAUAAGUGUGAAGAAUGUGGGAAAUCUUUUUGUUUCCCUUCAUUGCUUUCUAUACACAAGAGAAUUCAUACAGGAGAGAAACCAUUCAAGUGUGAAGUCUGUGGCAAGGCCUUCCAUUCUCCAUCACUGUUUUCUGUACACAAGAGAAUUCAUACAGGUGAAAAACGCUACAAGUGUGAAGUAUGUGGUAAGGCCUUCCAUUGCCCAUCAUUACUUUCUGUACACAAAAACAUUCACACAGGUGAGAAACCCUACACGUGUGAAGUAUGUGGCAAGGCCUUCCAUUGUCCAUCCGUACUUUCUAGACACAAAAGACUCCAUACAGGGGGAAAACCCUAUAAGUGUGAAGUAUGUGACAAGGCCUUCCAUUGUCCGUCAGUACUGUCUGACCACAAGAAUAUUCACACGGGUGAGAAACCCUACAAGUGUGAAGUGUGUGGCAAGGCCUUCCAUGCUCCACCUUUGCUUUCUGCUCACAAGAGAAUUCACACAGGAGAGAAACCUUACAAGUGUGAAGUGUGUGGCAAGGCCUUCCAUACCCCAUCACUACGUUCUGUACAUAAGAGAAUUCAUACAGGGAAGAAAGCAUACAAGUGUGAAGUAUGUAGUGAGGUCUUUAGCACCUCCUGGCAAAUUUCCAGUCACUUGGUAAUCCACUCUGGAGAGAAACCGUAUAAGUGUGAGCAUUGUGGAAAGGCCUUCUCUACAAAGUCAUACCUAACUAAGCACAAAUUACUUCACAAGAUGGAGAAACUUUACAGAUGUGAAGAAUGUGGCAAACAGCUCAACAGUUCUAGAAGCCUUCAAGAGCAUCAAAGAAUUCACUCUGGAGAGAAACCCUACAAAUGUAAAGAAUGUGGCAAAGACUUCAGAACUUACACAGCACGUUCUAGACAUCGGACAGUUCAUAUUGGAGAGAAAUGUUACAAGUGUGGAGAAUGUGGCAAAACCUUUUACCAGUCUUCUGGUCUUAAGCAACACCAAAGAAAUCAUCUGUGAGAGAAACCACACUGGUGUGAAGAAUGUGCCAAGGCUGUUUGGAUGUAGAAAGAACUUUUAAAACACCUGAAAUCCAUAUUGGAGAGAAAUGCCACAGGUGUGAAAAAUGUUGCUAACUGUUUAAUAAGCUUUCUAGUAUUUCUCAGCACAAGACAGUUCAAACUGGAGUUGAAUAGUACAAAUUUUAAUGUGUUCAUAAAAUAUUUUACACUUCUUCAGACUGUAAAAGGUAUCAAAUUUUCCAUUCUAAAUAGAAACCUUAAGAGUAGAGAAUGUGAUAAACUUACCUAGCACAAAAGAAACAGAGUGGAAGGCAGCCAUACACAUGUAAAGAACGUAGUGAGUUUUCCACUGAAUGAAUGCUUUCUGACCUCUAUAGAAUUUAUCCUGAAGAGAAACACCACAAUUGUGAAGGGUUUGAUGAUGCUUUUGAAGACUCUUCAUAAACAAAAACGUUCUCAUACUUAGCAACACCCCUACAACUGUGAAGAGUCAUCAUUCUGACCUUGCUAUACAAGAGUCUCUGCAAAUAUAGAGUAUGCCCAGGCGUUUAGUGAUUCUUUAUGACUGUUUCCCCAUCAUAGAAUUCAUAUUGGUAUAGUGCACUACAAAUGCUAAGAUCAUGGCAAAGCCUUUAUCCAUAUCAGAAGUGUCCUCUGAGACUUUUUAGUGGUAAGAAAGUCUACACACCCAAAACCAUGGGAAAGCCUUCAAUAAUAUCACUAAUCAUCAUAAACACAAAACUCCACAUAUCCAAAUAAUGUGAAAAAACCUUCAGUGAUAUCACCAACCAACACAAAAGUCUAUACAUCCAAAUAAUUUGAAAACACUUAUGUAAUUUUUUUUUUUUUUUUUUUUGGUUUUUCGAGACAGGGUUUCUCUGUGUAGCUUUGCGCCUUUCCUGGGACUCACUUGGUAGCCCAGGCUGGCCUCGAACUCACAGAGAUCCGCCUGGCUCUGCCUCCCGAGUGCUGGGAUUAAAGGCGUGCGCCACCACCGCCCGGCUAUGUAAUAUUUUUAAUCUUCAUUAACACCAAAGAAUAUUCACUGGUGAGAUGUUCUACAAAUGCAGAUGUCUUGUUUCCUUCUGCUCUCAACUCCACACAGACAAACAAUAUAUGAUGGAGUCUCAAUUGAGUGAAUGCCUGGAUCUGAUUGACCCGUGGGCAUGUCUGUGGGUCUUUUUCAUGAAUUCUAUUUGACAUAAGAGAAUCUGGACCACUGGAUGAUGGCAGUGCACCUUGUGUAUGCCACUCUUGGUGACUUAGUCUUGGGUGUGUAAGAAGAAGACAUAAAGUAAUAUUCCUCCAUGGUUUCUACUUUCACAUACUGCCUCUAUUUUUUAGCUGUGUUCUCCUGCCCUGGCUUCCAUGGAUGAUGAAAUACAGCUAGUGAACUGAAAUAACCCCCUUUCUCCCCUAAGUAGUUUUUUGUCGUGGAGUUAAUCACACCAACAGAAAUAAAACUAAGUAAACAAUA